CAACGAAGUGACAGAUUGUUUUGCUUGAACUGCGGACGAUAUUGCCACAAAUCAAACAAAGCCAAUUUUAAAGAGUGAGGAAACAAAGACAUCUCUUUUCGGAUAAGAUUCCUGUCACAAAAGACCGGUCAAGCAAAACGAUCGUGAUACACGCAUACCGUGACAAACUCAAUCGAAACACAUGGCGCAAUUUUAUCUUUGUUUCCGGGUAGCUUUUCUCGUUGUAUUUCUUCCUUUGACCUCAGGGGCCUGUGUUGAUUUAGAUCUUGGAAUGGGAAGUGGAGCAAUCUCAGACAGUGAGAUAGCUGCCUCCUCUGAACAGAGUGCCAACACACCAGCCAGGAAUGGUCGAUUGAACUUUACAUCAGGGUCAUCAUGGUGCGCAGGAACAAAUGACACUAAUCCAUACCUACAGAUUGAUCUAAGGACACUUCAUAUCAUCUGUGCUGUGUCCACCCAAGGGAAUUCUCAAGCAGAUCAGUGGGUGAAGACUUACACCCUACAAUUAUCCACAGAUGGGAUAACUUGGACAGACUAUAAGGAAUUAGGUGGACAGGCUAAGGCUUUAGAGGGAAAUAAGGAUAGAAACUCAAAUGUCAAACACGUUCUAUAUGGAGUGUUAACAAGAUAUUUGCGAUUCCUACCACAAACACACCUGGCUGAGGUGUGUAUGAGAACAGAGGUGUUUGGAGUGCAACAGAAACCAACAUGUGAUUCACAGGCAAUUGGUUUGGCCAGCGGUGGUAGAAUUCCAGAUGACAGCUUCUCAGCCAGUUCAGAAUUUAAAGCCAGAUAUGCAGCUAAAUAUGGUCGUCUUAAUGGAACAGGGGCAUGGGAACCUAAGACUACUACUGAUCCUGAUGACUACCUACAAAUUGACCUUCUCUAUGAGUAUGUUAUCUGUGCUGUUGCGACUCAAGGAAAUCCACCAACCCAAUCUGUAGGUGCUCAAGAAUGGACCACAGAGUACAAACUAAGAUUUUCUCUCCAUGGUACUCCUUUUUUCCCUUAUAAAGAAAAUAAAAUUGACAAGGCCUUUCCAGGAAAUUCAGGAAAAACUGACACAGUGAAAAACAGUCUAAAGGAAUUUGCAAGUGCAAAGUUUAUACGCUUUCUGCCAACAAAGUACAAUGUGUUCAAGGUUCUGAGGGUGGAGGCUUAUGGAAUACUUUUGACUAAAGUUCCAUCACAACCUCCCACCGCCUUCCAGUUGACUGCCAGCUCUUCUACCAGCAUCACAGCUUCUUGGCAGUUACCACCAGUCUUUGCCAGACAUGGAAACAUUGCAGGGUUUAAAUUGUUUUACAAAAAGAAAGGUUCUGCUGGGUCAGCAACAACCUUGACUAUUAGCGAUGGAGCAACAUUAAAUAGAACUGUCAGUGGGCUUAAUAAGUACACAGAAUAUGAAUUUCAAGUUUUGGCCUUCACUUCUGAUGGUGAUGGACCAAAAAGUUUAGCGAAAGUGAAAAGAACAAUGGAAGAUGCUCCUUCACAACCUCCAUCUAACUUCAAUGUCACUCCAACCUCCUCUACUGGUUUAAAAGCAUCAUGGCAACUACCACCAGCAAACUCCAGGAAUGGAAUAAUUAAAGGAUUCAAAUUGUUUUACAAAAGGAAAGACUCGUCAGGCUCAGGCACCAUUCUUUUUAUCAACAGUGAAUCAACUUUAAACAAAAGUGUCAAUGGGCUUUAUGAGUACACAGAGUAUGAAUUUCAAGUGUUGGCCUUUACUUCUGCUGGUGAUGGCAUAAACAGCUCUGUUGUUGUUGAGAGAACAAAAGAAGAUGUUCCUUCACUGCCGCCUAGUGGCUUUACUUUAGCUGCAAGCACUUCUACAAGUAUUACAGCAUCCUGGCAGUUACCACCAAAAGACUCCAGAAAUGGAAUCAUCACAGGAUAUAAAUUGUUCUACAAAAAGAAAGGCUCAUUAGGGCCAGCAAGCAUGCAGCCCAUUAACAGUCAAGCAAAUCGCUCUCAAGAGGUCACUAGGCUUGAUAAGUACACAGAAUAUGAGUUUCAAAUAUUGGCAUUCACUUCUGUUGGGGAUGGACCAAAAAGUACAGUUGUUUAUGAGAAAACAAAGGAGGCGGAGCCCAGUCAUGGACCAGAAGAUAUAUCUUCCUCUGCAGUGAGCUCCGCAAAAUUCAAUAUAACUUGGCGUGGUCUGUCAAGAGAAGUAGCCAAUGGCAUUAUCAUAAACUACGAAGUUAGGCUCAGUGUAGUAGAAAACUGUACAGCGAUCAAGUCUUCCUAUAAUUCAACCAUUAACACGACCACCACUUAUGUUAUCGUGACUGGACUCUCUUUGUGUGCCAAGUACGAGGUGUCUGUUAGAGGAUACACUGUUGUGGGGCCUGGACCCUACAGCAACCCUGUAAUGGUGCAGACAUUGGCUGCGGUUUGGUCUAAAGAAACGCCAUCUUCACCUUCGUUUUCUGCAAAAUCAAAUGAAGGAGGAAUUUCAGUUAAAGUCACGCUUCCACAUUUUCCUGGAAAUGCAAGGUUUUUCCAAGUUAUCAUCAUUACAUACAGCUCAAACUAUACUGGUGCUGUUAACCUACCGGGAAGAUUUACAACACAAGACAUGAUGACGUAUGAAGAAGCGCACAAAUCUACCGUUCCUGCUGCUUAUGUCGCUUUUCAGUUUGGAGGAAAUGAUUUUGAUAAAAAUCGAGAAUUUGUUGUCGGAGAUGGAGCGGAAUCCAGCAGUAAAGAAAGGAGUAAGAGAAGUAGUGGUGAUCAGUUUUAUUACAACAAACCAUUGCAGCCGAAUACCAACUACAAAGUGUUCCUCAGGGCUUUUGACUCCGAGACGGUUUAUGUCUCUAGUAACUUUGUAAACAUCGACACUAAAGGUACACCUAUCAUCAAAGGUCUCCCAAAGACAACCAUUACAGAAAUUGGCGAACUGGCAGUGCUGACUUGUGAGGUUAGUGGAGACGCAAAGGCUUCUGUUACCUGGACCAAAGAUGGACUUGGCAGUAUACCUCGCGCUCAGUUCGAGAACAACAAGAAGAUACUCAUUAUAAGAGAUGUUGUUCCUGGUGACAGUGGCAUUUAUGAGUGUAAAGCAAUGAAUAUGUUUGGAGAGAGCCGUACAGCUACGAUAGUCAUUGUCGCUGUGCCACCAAGAAUUAUCGUAGAAAUUUCCCCUUCUUCAGUGAUGUGUGAAAAGCAAACUCCGUGUUUGCUCUCAUGUCAAGCAACAAGCUAUAUUCCGUUUAACUACUCUUGGACUAAAGAUGGCCAGGUUCCAACUGGUGGUGGUAUCAAGUUAAUGAAUAACAGUAUCAUUGUCACGCCACGGGAUGUACAAGAUUAUGGGCAGUAUGUGUGUCACGCUACAAACAGCUUUGGUUCAACAGAGUAUAAAAUCACUCUGCUUUCUCCUAAGGAUAAUGAAGAUGAUGGCGGUAAAUACCCUCAAAACGAUACACAAAGCAUCUUCCUUGCUAGUGUAAUCGUGCUGUCUUGUAUUGUGGUCGUGUUGCUCAUAAUAAUUUGUGGGCUGAUAUGGCAGCGGAGACGAGCUGUUCCCAAUAAAAAGACACAGAGUGAAGAAAUCACUGACUUUGAUGGCGUCAAAUCUUCACCUGAUCAACAGCGACGUGAUCAGCACGCUUCAGACCCGGACUUAUAUACGGAACUCAAACUCAGGCCUUCGAACCAAGAGUCUCAUAUUCCUACUGAGCAUCAGUCGUUACAGGAAGAACCCGAGAACCCCGGAUAUUACAAUGUGGCGUUUCAGAAAGAAAAUGGCGAGAAACAAAAUGAAGAAGUGUAUGUGGAAUUAUGCUAAUCUCACAACUAAUUUUGUAUCCUUCUAGUUCAGAUUGUCCAUCUUGUGUUAUAUGCUAUGCUUAGUUAUAUGCGCAUGUUGAUUUGUUCUGUAUGAUCUAAUGGAGGACAGACGCAUAGAUGGCGUCACCAUUAACAAUAUCUUGCUUCUUCAUUGUAAAUACAAAGAGAUUCCAUGUUGCCGUGAAUCUGUUCUGUAAUAAGUCACAGAAGACGUCAAAAUGUGCUAAAAAGAACAGUGCCAGACUCGACUGCGCUUCGUGUGCCACACUUAAGUUCUUACCACAUUUUAACGUCAUACAUAACAGAACAGACACACGCCUACAUGGAAUCUAAUUGGUAAUUAGAAACGGUACUUCGGUUUGUGAAAGACUUUGUUCUUGUCUCGCGUAAAGAAGCACUUCGUAAUUUGGCAAUGAAAUGCAUACGUUUGACGUUUUCU